AACAAUGCAUCUUUCAACUAAGUCUAUACAUGCUGGUGACUCGCUUAAGAGAGUCUCAGAUGUGAUUCCACCAAUCAAUAUCUCCACCACGUUUAGUUACUCGUCCAAUCCCGAUGAACUUGUCGCCAUUGGUGAUCUUGAAGGAACCAUUGCAGGAUCCAGUCAAUACAUCUAUUCGAGAGAAAACCAUCCUAACGCAGCCAUUGUCGAGAAAACCAUUGAGUCUAUUACUGGUGCCCAUGCCAUCACUUACAACUCCGGUUUGGGUGCAUUCAACGGGUUGAUCACUUUAGUCAACCCCAAAACCUUGGUUAUUGGACAAGCAUACCAUGGCUGUCAUGGGAUUGCUGAUAUCUGGGAGCGUAACUACGGAUUAAAGAAACUUGAUAUUGACUGUAGUGAUGAGGAAUUUGAUAAACUCGUUAAGCCAGGUGAUUUGGUUCAUUUGGAAACUCCAGUUAACCCAUACGGUGUUAAUUUAGAAAUUGCAAAGUAUGCCAAGCGAGCCCAUGCUAAAGGGGCAAUUUUAUCGGUGGAUGCCACAUUCGCUCCUCCUCCAUUAAUGGAUCCCUUCAAGUUUGGAGCUGAUAUUGUCAUGCAUUCCGCUACUAAAUUCUUUGGUGGACAUAGUGAUUUGUUGGCUGGAAUUUUGUUGACCAAGUCUCUUGAAACCAAGAAGAAAUUAUUAAGUGAUAGAUUGGUUUUGGGAACUAAUAUUGGUAAUUUAGAAAGUGCUUUACUUGUUAGAAGUUUAAGAACUUUUGAAUUGAGAAUCAUGAGACAAUCCAAAUCAGCUGAAUUUAUCGUCAAGUACUUGAAUGAAAACAAAAGUAAGUUUGCUGAUUUGGACAUUAUCUAUCAUGGAUCUUUACAAACUGAUGCAUACAUCAAGGAACAAAUGCCUUUGGGUCAAUCGCCAGUGUUUGCAAUUGAGUUGAAAUCCGAAGAUGCUGCCAAGAGAUUGCCUUCUAAAUUGAAGUUGUUCCACCAUGCCACAAGUUUAGGUGGUGCUGAAAGUUUGAUUGAAUGGAGAGCCUUGACUGAUGCUCACAUUAGUAGAAGAUUAUUACGUGUGAGUAUUGGGUUGGAAGAUCCUCGGGAUUUGUUGGCUGAUUUGGUGGGUGGUUUAGGCGGGGAUGAUGAUUUAGUUGGCAAAAUUGCUGAAUUACUGUUGUGAUUUCUAGGAUAGGAAAUCAAGAGCGAUGUUUGUUUUAGUUUUUUUUACUACAUAUGCACAGAUACCGAUAUAGAAUUAUAAUUACCAUUUAUUGACCGAG